UGGCGCUCGCACCGCCCCAACGGGAAAAACUUGCAUGCGCUCCUCCGGCACGGCACGGCACGGCAGAUGCUGACAGAAACGGCUCACCUGUCUGUCUGUCUGUCUGUGUGUGUCUGUGUGUGUGUGUGUGCAUAUUUGUCCAAAUGCCUGUCUGCGGUGAAAUGAGUUGCGUCCAUCGUGUCUGGCUGCCAUUAGAACAAAAAGGGCCGCGUGUGGUCCGCGUGUUGUGUGUUUCUCUCUGAUGCAGUGCGCAAGUGAAUCUCUCAGCAGCCAAGUACCAGUAAUCCAGCCAGCCAGUCAGGUUCUCUCAAGUUGUCACCAGGUCACCCCCCCAACACGGCGGACACACAUGCAGGCCCCUCCCCGUGUGUGUGUGUGUGUGUGUGUAUGGUUGGGUGUGACGCACCGCACGAGCCCCCUGCAGCCCCCCCCCCUCCCGCCCCCAUGACAUGCAGCACCUACAGACCAGUCAGUGCUUACUGUGUACGGUAUGCAAUGGAGUGGGAUGGGAUGGAAUGCGAUCGAUGAAUGCGAUCAUGACCACCCCAUGCACCCAAUCAGCCACUGACUCAGCCAGGAGACGAUGGAGACGGAGAGAGGACAGCCAGCCAGUCGAGGUACCUUUACUUACACGCAGACACAAAAACCUACGUACCCACGUACCUACACGCCAUCAAUCAAUCCAUCAAUACAAACUGACACCUUACUUAUGUGUGGUCGGCCGACCGCAGUGAGUGCAAUUGAAUUGCUCCCUCCCUCCCUCCCUCUGUCUGUCUGUCUGUCUGUCUGUGUGUCUGCCGACCUGUCUGUCGCUUGCAAACACACACACCACACACGUACACCUGCCAGCCAGGCAUCCGUCGCAAAAAGUGGGCCGAAGAGAGACAGAGAGAGAGGGAGAGCAAAGGACCUAUCGUACAAGAGGAGCAUAAAACGGCAGGGCGGAGACUGACCUCGUCUGUCUGUCUGUCUGUUUGUCUGUCUGUCUGCAUGUCUGUAUGUGUGUAUGUGUGCAUGGAAAGGGGCGGGAGAGAGAGAGAGAGAGAGAUUAAACCCACUUGGCCGAUCCACAACACACACACACAUGAACAGGGAGGGAGAGAGAGAGAUCGGCCUCGCUCUGUGUGCCGCCGUGUGUCUGUGCAGCACCACACGACGGCCGGCCAUGCAGGUACCACAGGACAGACAGCCGAGGUACCUUGACAUACACACAUACCUACAGGCCAUCAUGAUCAAUCAAUCAAGACGACCUAUCUGUCAUCGAUCGUACAAAUAAUAUGGGCGAGGAGCCGUCUGCAAGGGCCACAGCGCCACAGCGCCACCCCCCCUGCCUGUCUGUCUGUCUGGUGGCUGACAUGGUGCGGGGGCACAUGCGUGUGUGUAACACCUCAGACACAUGAGGCCUGCCAGGCAGCCAGCCAGCCAUCGAGAUGACAAGACGGACAAAGAGGGCGACCACUGCAGCACAUCGGCCACUCUGUCAUGAUCCCACGGCAGCGCUCUCCCACACCACAUAAAAGCUUUGUGGCAGCAUCAAAUCAGCCACGCCGCCAACACGACAGAAAACGGCGGGAGAGAGAGAGAGAGAGAGAGUGUGAGAAAGAGAGAGGGCGCGAAGGACCUACCACACAAGUGAGGGAAAAACGGCAGGGCGGAGACAAACGUGCCACGCCUGCCUGUCUGUCUGUCUGUCUGUCUGUCACUAAGCCUACAAAACGCGCGAGCCGCCGAGGCAGAACCUUCCUCGCGCAGUCAGUGAGUCACCCAGCAAGAAGGUCAGCCGAUCGAUGCCACCCGCAGCCGACACACGCAGUCAUGUCAGGCAGCACACACACGCAUCACCGCUCCGCCGGCCCAUCCCUUUCCCACGGGUGUGUGGGUCGGUAAUGAGCCGAUGGACGCACGAAAGAAAGCACCUUCACCCGCAUACAUACAUCAACACACGUACGUACCUACGUACCUACACGCCAUCAAUCAAUCAAUACGAACGAACGAACAAACACCGUAGCUACGGACGGACGUACAAACAAACAAACAAAGGCAUUGCAUGUGGUCGGCCGACCGACCGCAGUGAGGGAGUGCAAUUGAAUGGCCACCUCCCUCCCUCCCUCUGUCGUCUGUCCCUCUGUCUUUGAGCCGACCUGUCCGUCGGUCGCUUGACAACACACACCACACACGUGCCGUGAACACGCCGCCAACACGACAAAACGGCGGGAGAAGGGGAGAGAGAGAGAGACUGAGGGACGUAUCAUAUAAGUGAGGGAAAAACGGCAGGGCGGGACUGACUUGCCACGUUUGUCUGUCUGUCUGCCUGCCUGCCUGGGUGGCGGCCCAUCCCUUGACCACAGGUGGGGCGCGUAUGUGUAUGUGUGUGUGUAUGUGUAUGUGUAUCUGGUGUGUUGUGUGUUGUGUGGUGUGGUGUGGGUCGGUCAGAGGCCGACGGGCGCCUCGGCAGCAGCGGACUCCUCGUCAGCAGCGGACUCGUCGGCAGCAGCGGACUCCUCGUCAGCAGCGGACUCGUCGGCAGCAGCGGACUCGUCGGCAGCAGCGGACGCCUGGGCAGCAGCGGACGCCUGGGCAGUAGCGGACUCGUCGGCAAUAGCGGACGCCUGGGCAGUAGCGGACUCGUCGGCAAUAGCGGACUCGUCGUCAGCAGCGGACUCCUCGUCAGCAGCGGACUCGUCGGCAGCAGCGGACUCGUCGGCAGCAGCGGACGCCUGGGCAGCAGCGGACGCCUGGGCAGUAGCGGACUCGUCGGCAAUAGCGGACGCCUGGGCAGUAGCGGACUCGUCGGCAAUAGCGGACUCGUCGGCAGCAGCGGACUCGUCGGCAGCAGCGGACGCCUGGGCAAUAGCGGACGCCUGGGCAGUAGCGGACUCGUCGGCAAUAGCGGACGCCUGGGCAGUAGCGGACGCCUGGGCAGUAGCGGACUCGUCGGCAGUAGCGGACGCCUCGGCAGCAGCGGACGCCUGGGCAGCAGCGGCCUUGGGUCGGCCCCCCACCGGGCCCUCCGGCUCCAGUAUGCUCUUCCGGGGCAGUCCGGGAGCGGACGGGUCGCCGAGCUCGGCGGUGACCCAGCGGAUGGUGGCCUUGGUGGGGUCGGCGAGGCUGCCGGCGUCGGUGAAGUACGUGGUGAAGUCGAAGUUGUACGACCAGCUGGCCUUCAAAGGUCGUGCUGUCGGCCGGAAUGGUCUCGGUCUCGUUGUUGUCCUUGGUGACGACGAUCGACGUCACGCCACUGAAGUCGUACGUCACCUUCUCGGCCUUGAUCCAGCUCAGCUCGUUGGCCAAGUGCGUCGCCGAGUGCUGAAAGGGACACAGGGCGGCGCAGGGGUUGAAGACGAUCUUCGAGCUGAACUCGCCUCCCUCGAACCUGCAGCGCGCACACACAAACAGAUGCACCCAUUCAUGUUCGUGCGGGUGUGUGUGCGUUCGUGUGCCAUCGCCUUCCCCCCCUUGCUCACCCAAUCUUGGCCAUGGGGACUCCGCCGCAGAUGACGGUCAGACCGAACUCAGCAUCGGGGUUGGUGUUGAGCUGCUGCAUGUCGAUGCAGUCGCUCUGCUGGCGGGUCUGCUCAGACUUGCCGAUGUCCGCGUCGCCCACGUCCAGCACGGAGAGAAAGAGGGAGUGCACGGUGGAAUUGUAGAGGCUGUGCUGGCGCUCUGCCACUGCCAGCCGUGUCGAGUCGCCGGAGAAGUCCGUGGGCCAGGGUAUGACCGUCCAAGGGGGAACACCGUCGUCCCAGCCCGGCACGCACACGGAAUCCCACUUGUGGAAGGGGAGGUGUGUGUUGACGGGCAGCUCCACCUCCUCCCCCUGGUUGUUGGUGUCCUCCAUCGUCCAGCUGGUCCGGCAGUUGGGGCGGACGAUCAUGUCGACAGUCGUCACCGCCGUCUCGCUGGGCGUAUGGACGGCGUGCUUGACCUGCACGUUGCGGAUCGUGCAGGGGCAGUCCCUCGAGUGGCAGAAGGCCGUGAGCGUGAAGCUGUCGGGCCACUCGGGCGUCGGCGACAGGGACCAGCUGGUGUGGAUCGUCGGGCGCUCGCCGCUGACCUCCCUCGGGAUGGGUAGGUCGUUGAUGUAGUCGGCGCAGCCGAUCGGGUCGGGGCGGCAGGUGAUCUUGGUGGCGUUCGGGACGACGAACUGAAUGCAGCUGAUCUUCUCGAUGGGCAGGUCGGUGCUCACACACGGCGGAUACUUGUUGGGGUCGCUGCCCGUGGUGUCGACCUGGAACUCGAUGAUGCCACCGCCCCGGCACAUGCGCCUCAGUCUGCACACAGAUGCAGACGUACAUAUGACAUACACACACAGACAGCACAACAGUGAGAGAGAGGGGUCUGUCUGGUGUCUUGCUUUCCUUUCCUUCUUUCCGUGUCGUGUCGCCCCGCCUCACCUUUUGUCGUCCUGCGGUAGGAAGACUCGGAUCAUCAUCUGAAGACGGCCCGUGCCCUCGCGACAGCCCUGACCGAAGAAGCCUUCCGGCACCAGCACCCACAGCCGGCCACCCAUCCAGCACCAGUCCCAGGGCUCGACCUCCCCGUCCGUGCCGAUCAGCGUGACGCCUCUCUCGAUGGGUUCGUUGGGGACGUGGUUCAUCCCCAGCCACACCGCCACGUCACGCUUCGGGCAGUCGCAUGCCGUCUGCAUCCGCACGAGCCCGCACAGAGGAGUGCUUGACGCCGCCGGCAAAUCGAGCUUCAAGGUGUACUUGGGCAUCCAAGUCAUGUCCUUCACGGCGACCUCGUAUCCUGGGUAUGCAAAGGGCCGAGGGUGGCCGUCGUCGUCGAGUUGGCGAGUCAUGGGCGCAGAUCUCAGCUGAUAUCCGGACCUCCGGGACCCCUCCCGGAAAGCAGAAGCGGAU